ACGCGGUUCGUUCUCCCAUCGCUUUCCCUCCUCUCCCUACCUCGGCAUCUUCUCCGACCUCUCGCUUUACAUCUCCAAACCCUCAAUUUGUAGAAUCCUCUCCAAGUUUCCUACCGAGAUCUGAGAUUUGCGAUCCUUGGCGAGCGAUUCGAUCCCUUUUCGUCUCCUUUUAGUGUGGUGAAGAGGGAGAAGAAGAGUAGGGAUCCAUGGAGAGUUUGAUCACACUCGUGAACAAGCUCCAGAGGGCGUGCACUGCCCUCGGUGACCACGGCGAGGAGAGCGCGCUUCCGACGCUCUGGGACUCGCUCCCCGCAAUCGCUGUCGUCGGAGGACAAAGCUCGGGCAAGUCUUCAGUGUUGGAAAGCAUCGUAGGGAAGGACUUCCUACCGAGGGGUUCAGGCAUUGUUACUCGUCGUCCCCUUGUAUUGCAGCUCCAUAAGAUUGAUGAAGGGAGAGAGUAUGCAGAAUUUAUGCACCUCCCAAGGAAGAAGUUCACAGAUUUUGCACUUGUCAGGAAGGAAAUUCAAGAUGAGACUGAUCGAGAAACUGGUCGCACAAAGCAAAUUUCUCCUGUUCCUAUCCAUCUAAGUAUAUAUUCCCCAAAUGUUGUGAACUUGACACUUAUUGAUCUUCCUGGACUUACAAAGGUAGCUGUUGAGGGCCAACCUGAUAGCAUUGUUCAAGAUAUAGAGAACAUGGUUCGCUCAUACAUCGAAAAGCCUAAUUGUAUCAUUUUGGCAAUAUCUCCAGCCAAUCAGGAUCUUGCUACCUCUGAUGCAAUAAAAAUUGCUCGUGAAGUAGACCCUAAAGGAGAGAGAACAUUUGGAGUGCUAACUAAGAUAGAUCUUAUGGACAAGGGUACUGAUGCCGUAGAUAUUUUGGAAGGAAGAGCUUUUCGGCUACAGUUUCCAUGGAUUGGUGUUGUUAAUCGCUCCCAAGCAGAUAUUAACAAGAGUGUUGAUAUGAUUGCCGCAAGGCGAAGAGAGCGAGAGUACUUUGCAAAUACACCAGAGUACAGGCAUCUUACUCAUAGGAUGGGUUCGGAGCAUCUAGGAAAGAUGCUUUCAAAGCAUUUGGAACAAGUUAUCAAGUCGAGAAUCCCAGGUAUACAAUCUCUCAUUAAUAAGACGAUUGCUGAACUUGAAGGUGAACUUAAUCGUCUCGGGAAACCAAUUGCUGCUGAUGCUGGGGGUAAAUUAUAUGCGAUUAUGGAGAUAUCUCGUAUCUUUGAUCAGAUUUACAAAGAGCAUCUUGAUGGCGUGCGACCAGGUGGUGAGAAGAUCUAUAACGUUUUUGACAACCAAUUCCCUGCAGCUCUGAAAAGGUUACAAUUUGACAAGCAUCUCUCCAUGGAGAAUGUUAGAAAGCUUAUUACUGAAGCCGAUGGAUAUCAACCUCACUUGAUUGCUCCUGAGCAAGGAUACCGUCGCCUCAUAGAAUCUUGCUUAGUUUCUAUCAGAGGUCCUGCUGAGGCAGCUGUUGAUGCGGUUCAUGCUAUAUUGAAGGAGCUCGUCCACAAGGCUAUCAAUGAAACUGUUGAGCUAAAACAGUACCCUAGCCUUCGAGUGGAGGUUGGAAAUGCAGCUUUUGAUUCAUUGGACAGAAUGAGAGAAGAAAGCAAGAAAGCCACACUUAAGCUUGUUGAUAUGGAGUGCAGUUACUUAACAGUAGAUUUCUUCAGGAAGCUUCCUCAGGAUGUUGAGAAAGGCGGAAAUCCAACACAUUCUAUUUUUGAUAGAUAUAAUGACUCGUACCUCAGACGAAUAGGGAGUACUGUUCUAGCAUAUGUCAAUAUGGUAUGCUCAACUUUACGGAACUCCAUACCGAAGUCUAUAGUAUACUGCCAAGUACGUGAGGCAAAGCGCUCAUUGCUUGAUCAUUUCUUUACUGAAUUGGGGUCAAAAGAGGUAAAGCAGCUAUCCUCACUGUUAGAUGAGGACCCAGCAGUCAUGGAGCGCCGAGCUUCCCUUGCAAAGAGGUUGGAGCUUUACAGAAGCGCGCAAGCUGAGAUUGAUGCAGUGGCGUGGGCCAAAUAGAGAGGAGAAAAUGUAGGAGGAAUUUACUGGUCUUUCUCCCUUUCCCUGUUCUCUCUUUUUCUGUGUGCGCCUUAUUAGGUUGGAAUUAGUUAACGGCGGUUUCUAUCGAUUAGUCUCGGCUUUCAUAUCAUCACGGGUUUAUGUUAUACUUUGUUUGAGGAGUGUUUGGUAGUGUAAGGUUUUUUUGUUUUGAUAAUAUACAUUAUAUGUAUAAUAUAGCUGUUAUUCUCUUGUAGUAAACGAGGUUGGUUCUCGUAUGCCUUUAGAAAUGUUGUUGUAAGGUAUAUGUGCUUAUUCUAUGAACUUUCUCAAAGGAAAUUGAAUGAA